CUCCAUCAUUUCUGAUUUCUCUCUUCUCCUUCAAUAUAAUAGACCAAUUCAUAUGGCCCAUUCAGACCACAGUUUGACGAAUUUACUUUGUUUAAUUAUUUUAAUAAUCACAAAUCUUUCACUUAAUUAUAUUUUAAACACACUACUUUUUAAAAUUCGUCCAUUUAUCCACCCUCCGACGUCCUCCACAAAGCGUGAAGAAUCAGCCAUGAAGUUCGCCGAGUCGGUAAAAAUCCUCGACCAAUCCCUUGUAUCUCCCCCGCCGCUGUCCUCCGGCGAAGUCCGAUCAUCUCUCCCCCUCACCUUUUUCGACAUGUUCUGGCUCAACUACAGCCCCGUGGAACGCCUCUUCUUCUACCAGUUCCCCUAUUCCGCUGACCACUUUCUUGACUUCCACCUCCCUAUUUUCAAAUCCGCCCUAUCCGUCGCUCUGUCCGUCUUCUACCCUCUCGCCGCCACCAUCCGCCGCCGCCAACCUGAUGGUCAUUUCGAAAUAGCCACUACCGACUCCGACUCCGUCACCCUUACCGUCUCCGAAUACGAAGGCGCCGCCUUCGAUUUCCUUGAAAUAUCCGGCGACCAUUCUCGGCCGGUAGAGAAGCUGCUCCCGUUGGUUCCCCGACUUCCUAUGUCCCCCGAAGAACAGCCACUUCUCUCUGUACAGGUCACUCUGUUUCCAAACUACGGCCUUUGCCUUGCCAUCGCCGUGCAUCACGCAGCCUGCGACGGGUUCAGCUCGAUGCAGUUCGUCAAGUUAUGGUCCGCCGCCGUAGCCGCCGGUUUACGACCGGAUGGGUCAAGUCCCCAGCCGCCAGCUCCUGUCAUAGACCGAACCGUGAUUCCCGAUCCUCGAAACCUGUACUUGCAGAUGGAGAAGGGCGUCCUAGAUGAGAGAGCUAAGGAAAAGAAGGUGACCUCAGGAAUCGCCGGCAGCGUUUUCGCCACCACGUUCACCCUUUCCGCGCCGGAGAUUGGUAGGCUCAAGAAGCAGAUGCAGGUGAAGGCAGCUGAACAGGGGAUGCGCAGUUUCCAUUGUUCUUCUUUUGUGAUCUCUCUUGCGUAUUCGUGGAUCUGCUUGCUGAAAACACGUCGCAUAACCGACGGCGACGGCGCAGCGCACGUCGUCUUUGCGGUGGACUGGCGACGGAGGAUUCGUCCGGAGAUUCCGGCGAACUAUUUCGGAAACUGCAUCAGUGGAUGCUUUGCGAAGUGGGAUGCUGAAGAACUUUUGGCGAAAGAUGGGAUUUUGGUUGCCUGCGCGGCCAUAGGGAAGGCGAUUGACGACUUGGGAGAUGACGCUCAUGAGAGUAUGGAUGGACUGGUAGAUAGGAUUGGAAAGGUGGUGCCAUGGCGGCCGUUGACGGUUUCGGGGUCGCCGAAGAUGGGUGUUUACGAAACAGACUUUGGAUGGGGGAAGCCGAGGAAGGUGGAGGUGAUUUCGACGAGAGAGACGGGAGCCGUGGCGUUGGCGGAGAGCAGGGAUGGAGAGGGAGGGAUAGAGAUUGGAGUUAUUCUACCGGAGGAGGAUUUAAAAGCUUUUGCUAAGCAUUUCGCCGCCGGACGGGAUUGGUGAAAAGCUCUAUUUUUCGCCGUUCAUGGGACGAAGGAGGACGGCCGGAAAAAAAUAUGAUCUUUGAUAUACUCAUAUACUAUACUUUACGCUUUGAUAUACUGUACUCUGCGCUGAAUUAUGUAUUGGAAAAGAGGAGUUUUUUUUUUUCUUUUG